AUGGAGUUCAAAUAUCGUGCCGUCGACAACGUCAAACCACCACCAACCACGUCGCAUUCUCCUUCCCCGGCCACAUAUCUGCCAGAUCCAUCACUUCAAAUGGAUGGUGGUUUUUCUGGUUUCAGACCACCGUUAACCGGGGAGGAGGCACUGCGGCGAGAACUUGAGAAGGAGGUAAUCCGCAGAGAAAUUUUGCGGCGGAUGGAGCUGGAGGAAGAAGUGAGGAGGGAACUGGCAAUGGAGCGGGAAUUGGGGAUUUCAGCACAGAGGCUGCCGAAUGUUCAGGGACUAGCGUCGCAGUGGUCAAAUCCAACUGUGAUGAACUCUGUUAUUGUUGGCCAUAUGGAUUCGUCGCAACCAACGUUGAUUCUGCCUCCUACGACAAUCAACCCUUCUCCAGAGAUUGAUAACAAGGAUAAAGUUAUAGUGUUGGAUAGGCCAGAUCCCGAACUUUUUUAUGCAAAGCGAAAAGCAACGACACUGGCUAAUUCGGAGAUUGGGCCUUCUACAUUUAAUUUGAAGAAAAAACUGAAGCAAGAGUGGAGUUGUGCACUAUGUGGGAUUAAAGCCACAAGUGACAGUGGCUUGAAUGCUCAUCUAAAUGGUAAGAAGCACAAGACUAAGGAAGCUGGACAAAAUAGAGAGAUUUGCAAGAGCAACAAAGAAAGUGAAAAAAUUGUGAAUGUCAAGGCCACAGUGGAUACAUCGAUGGUUCAUAAGAGUAAAAAUGAAUCUAAAAGUGAAGAGCAACUUGUAGAGAUAAUGGUUGAUAAUGGCAUAACUUCAAUAAAAUCCAAAAAUAAAGACGAUGCAACUGAGGAAACGAAGAAGAUAAGUGCAUAA